CUUAUCCCCUCUUUACUAUCUCUUGCCCCACACGCUCCGCCACACGUGCCACUCAUUUUCGACGCCGGAAAACUCUCAUGAAUAAAUCCUUAAUAAGAAUCCAACACAGAUCCAUCUAACACUCUCUAGACCCACUUUUUCUUUCCGGUUUCCUAAUACAAAUUUUAAACCACCAAAUUAAAAUAAAAUUUAUAAAAAAAUAACAUUAAAAUCAAAAAGCUCAAUUUUUUAUUUUUCUCCUUAAAAACCCUAAUUUAAUGCUCGUUGUAGAUUUCCAUGAUUCAGCUUGUACAUGGGGAGAGAAAUUGAAGAGAGAGAGACGAAUUAUCAUAUUCAUUCAUUUCACGAUUUUUCAGUAACCCACCUUCCCUUUUUAUGAAUUCUUCUGCAAUUUUACUUAAAGUUUGUAUCUUUAACUUAUUUUUUCCUUAAUUUUGUAAUAAAUGCCCUCUUUGUUUCUUUUUGAUUUUCUAUGAUUUACCGUUUUGCAUGAAUCAAAGUUUUUAGUAAAGUUUUAUUCUUUGCUUAGAUUAGAUGUUCUGUUUUUUGGUGGGUAGUUUUCAUGUUUUUUUGCUUGAUUUUUGUUCAAAUAUAAGCUAAUUUAUUUUAUCAUUAAAACAUAAAUAAAUUCUAUUCUUUGUAAGAACUAAUUUAUGCUAAAAGUUCUUUUUUUGGUGUAUUAUUUAGUGGGUUAUGAGCUAAAUGUUGUUCAAAUUUAAUCUAAAUUCCUGUAUCAUUACAAUCGAAAAAAACGGUGUUUUCUUACUAAUUUCAGUAAUUUUUAUUCCUUUCUUUGUUGUAAAUGGGUAUUUUUUUUUUCAAAUUUAUGCUAAUUUUCAAAGUUUAAACCUUUAAAAAAAAUCUCAAAAGAGCUAAAUUCACCUUUUGAUCUAAUCAAAAUGGGUAUGGUGACAUCAACAAUGGCGGCAAAAUUCGCCUUCUUUCCACCGGACCCGCCGUCAUAUAGGGUGGUUAUGGAGGAAGGGAGUGGGAAGUUGAAGAUGACUGAUGUGGUGGAGAGGGAAAAUGCAGAUAUUUUGAAGUUAUGUACAAAAAGAGGGAAUGAAAUUGUGGCAGUUUUUAUGAGAAAUCCAAUGGCAAAGCUUACUGUUCUUUAUUCUCAUGGUAAUGCUGCUGAUUUGGGUCAAAUGUAUGAGCUUUUCGGAGAGCUUAGUAUUCAUCUUAAAGUCAAUUUAAUGGGAUAUGAUUAUUCCGGUUAUGGACAGUCUACAGGCAAGCCGAGUGAGCAGAACACGUAUGCAGACAUAGAAGCUGCAUAUCAAUGUCUUGUGGAAAGAUACGGAGUGAAAGAGGAAGAUGUUAUAUUAUACGGGCAAUCUGUUGGAAGUGGGCCCACUUUAGAUUUAGCUACUGGGUUACCUAAAUUGAGAGCUGUCGUUCUUCAUAGUCCGAUCAUGUCUGGCUUACGGGUUAUGUAUCCGGUAAAGAGGUCUUAUUGGUUUGACAUAUAUAAGAAUAUCGACAAAAUUCCGUUGGUUGUUUGCCCUGUCUUGGUGAUUCAUGGGACAUCGGAUGAUGUGGUUGAUUGGUCUCAUGGUAAACAACUGUGGGAGCAUUGUAAAGAAAAGUAUGAACCACUAUGGGUUAAAGGUGGUAAUCACUGUGACUUGGAGCUUUAUCCGGAGUACAUUAAGCAUCUCAAGAAAUUCAUAUCCGUCAUAGAGAAGUCACCCAUUUCAAGAAGCGGAUCUGGGUUGAGUUCAGAUCAUCCUCGGAGGAGCAGUACAGACUGUCGAGAUAGUAAAUCAAGACUAAGUGCUGAUCAAAGAGAGAUGCCUAGAGCAAGUAUGGAUAGGAAAGAAAAACCCCGGAAAAGCUCCGAUACAAGGGACAAGUCAAGACCCAGUACAGACAAAAGAGAGAAAUCACGGAAGAGUGUAGAUCUCCCCGAUAAAGCAAGUAAUUUAAUUGAACGGCCUGAUAAAGCUCGGAACAGUGUUGAUAGAUUUGGAGAGAUGAUAAGAUCCGUGGGAUUGUGCAAUAUUGAUUGUUUUAGGCCCUCCGCCACAGGGUAACGAAGAGGAAGAAGAGGCCAGUUCACGUAUCGAGAUUGUAACACUAUUUUCCUUUACAUAUUUGAUAUUAUUUUGGGGGUUUGGGAUUCUUUUCCUCGUCGUUCAGAGAAACAUCAGGAACUUAUUGAUCGAGGCAGAUUGUGCACUGACACAUCGGUUUUUUGAUCUGUCGGGAUCAAUGAUGUUUGCCUGUCGCGUCUCCAUUGUCUAGUUGUGUAUGCUGUGAAAAAAACAAGAACUGUUUGUCAAAUGUUCUUGCUUAACCGUGUAUAUAUACUAAUUGAAACAGAAUUGUUCUAUAUUAAUUCAGAAAUUUCAGAUUUUCUGUGGGAGUUUGUAAA